AUGUGACACCAUAAAUAUGUGGACGACGCCGUUGCUAAGAGGAUUUAAGCGCAAUUCUGAUUGGUUGACAGAGCACAAACUAACCAAUAGAAUGCUUCGUUGUAUGUCAGGAUUUAUCAAGAACAGCGUCUAGUUACGUGAAGUUGAGUUGAAGCUUUAGCUUUAGAUUUUAAUCACAAAUAACGUCUAUCUGUAACAAAAACGUAUAAUAUACAUGUAUUUUCUAAAGAACGAAUGAUUUCUUGAAUAAUAGCUAUGUCACGACGACAGUUUUAAAUGCGCUGGUUUAACCGCGGUUUGUUGUCCUAAUGUCAAACGUCUCACCGAAACGGGCAAGUUUGUUGAACGUCAUGUCUUCCAGUCCCAGAUUCAACUUCAGCUUUAGGAAAAGGGAGAAGAGAGUAUUUAGGAAUAUAGCUCAUGGCUUGAUCCCCGCUGCUACCAUUGCUCCCAGACCGGCUGUUCCCCGCACUCCCCCUCCACGCAGCCCCAUUCCCUCUCCAGAGAGACCCAGGUCUGCCUUGGCAGCUGCCAUUUUAUCCUCAUCUCUAACAGGCCGAACCAUUGCCAUUCCUCCUCCACGCCAAAGGUCUUACUCUGAGAGCGACUGCUCGCGCACGGACAGCCAAACCGGCUUUGAGCCCUUCGCUGCCACAGCACUUUAUACCAGAGACAGAUGGACAGAUUCAAUGACAAGAAGGCCUGCUGUGCCUUCUCCAGGACACAGUGAUGAUGAUGAUGAGGUGGAGGGUCUAGAUUUAGAUGAAGAUCAUGUGUAUCAGUCCCUUGAGCGACCGAGCAGAGCUGAUGACAUCAAUGCUAUUUACGCUGUGCCAUUAAAACAAAAGAAGGGUGUGACCAGUUCAGAAGCUGAUGAUGAGACGGAAGACUCUACAUUUGAUAUUGUAUCUCCUUUACAGACUGAAGAGGAAAUUGUGGUUCAGGAAGGAGCGGGACAAAUGCAGCCAUCAUCGCCACGACAACCAAGAUCCAUCUCCCAUGGGAGCAUGGCGUCUCCAGAUCUGAACGAUGAUGUGAGUGUGCAGUCUCAAAAAUCAACAUUGAACACUCCUAAGAGAAAGACGUCACGUCGAGUGAGAGGAAAAGGGAGAGAAAUCAGUUCAGAGGCUGGGAAAGUGUUGCGCUGUGCGCUAGACAUGCAGCAGUCGCUGGUAAAGGAGCUAAGAGAGCAGACUCAGGUUCUGGCUCAGGAAAAAGAAAGGCUGGAGAAGAGAUGUUUACAACAGAAUCAUCAGAUAGAGAAACUCCAGCAGGAGCUCUCUCAGCCUCACACAGAGAGAGGAAAUUCUACAGGUGAAAGCUCUGAGUUGCUGAAUCUAAGACAGCAGGCUCAGGAGCUGGUGGAUGAGAAUGAUGGCCUGAAGAUGACAGUCCACCGUCUCAACGUGGAGCUCAGCAGAUACCAGGCCAGAUUCCGGCCUCUCGCAAAAGAUGAGAAUUCUCAGCUCAAAGGCCUGCCAAUAAAAGGACCUGCACCUCCUUGGCUGGUGGAUAUGAAAUAUUUAUCACCUCUCCUGCUGGCCUAUGAGGACCAGCUGAAUGCUAGAGACAAACUUCUCAAGUCCUGUGAGGAAGAACUUCAGAGUCUGAAAGCACGUGCAGAGGAGGUCAUUCAAGAAAAUGAGAAACUUCAUGCUCAAGCAAACAAAAGCACAGUCAGUAACAAAGAAUGGAGGCAACUGCAGGAGCAGGCUCGCUUGGUGUUGGAGGAGAAUCAAGUGUUGAUAGAGCAACUGGAACUGCAGCAUACUAAAGCUAAAGAGGCUCACAGCAAACACACACAUGAGGUGUGUAAGGUCACCAAACAGGUGAUGCUGUUGGAAUCAGAGAAGCAUGCUGUGGAAAAAGAGCUAGAGGGGGAGCAAAAGGAGCAUCGUGCCCUGAAGACAGAGUUUCAGAGGAUACGAUUGGCUCUAGAAAGCUCUUUGAGCUUGGCUGAACACAAAGCUGAGACAGACAAACUCAAAAGGCAGCUGGAGGAACAUGAGAAGGUGAAACAUUCUGAGGCUGAAGAGUUGUUGGUUCGCAUGAGUGCGCUGGAGGCAGAGAGAAAGAUUCUGCUGUUGGACAAAACCAACCUUAGCACAAGCAUGAAACACAUCGAAACAGAGCUACAGCUUUCACAGCAGGCUAACAGGAAGGCUCAGAGGCGUAUAAGUAUCCUGAAGCAACAGGUUGAAGACUCUUUAGAGAAAGAGCUCAUCGCUCAUCAGUACCUUGCAAACAUUGUCACACUUGCAGAGAAAACCACCCAUGAAAGAGAUCAGCUCAUGCAUAUGGCAUCGUCUCUCGAGAAAGACAAACAGGGCGUUCUCACACGCAUCAUAGAAAGCACGGUCCAUCUUGGAAAACUCCAGGAAAAAGUAAAGGUGUACAAGUGGCAGGCGUCAGCGAGCGUCUGCACGCUGGGUCGGCGUCUGCGUGAACAGGAGGAGGACUUUGCGGGGAAAGCAGCGAGUUAUCAGCGAGAGAUCGGGCACCUGCAGAGCCAACUCAAAGACAGACAGGAACAACUGCACGGAGCUCUGCAGCAAAAGAGAGAGGUGGAAGGUGAAUUGGAGGUGGUUUGGGAGGCAACUACCAGGGAGAGUCAGCGGUUGAGAGAGGUGGUGUUGAGGAGCAGUGGCACAAUGGCUCCAGUCCUACGUAGCACUUUCAGCCAGUCCCCUGCCAGGAUUCCCUGUGUAGAGGAUCAUUUGUCCAGCACAAUCUUCCCUCUCUUCAGCACUGGACAGAAUGGUGUCCCUCAUCCUUUACACCGCAGCCCCAUGUUUGAAUCCGACUCUGACCAGCACCAGAAUCCAGAAUCAUCUGAUGAGAGUGAAAAAAGCAGGCAGGACUUUUACCUCUAAUAUUUCCAUAUUCCCUUAAUAAGUGUUUUGAGUUCAUGAAUUCAUUUUCAUAAUUUACCUGAAUGCUUAAUGUGUUUUCAUGUGCUUUGAUGCUUUAUCUGUGUAAAUUAUAGGUUGCUAAUAAUGACUGUGAUGUAGAUGAGGAGGAUGGUAUGUUGUUUAUUCAGUUACUGAACUCAUUUUAGAAAGGAUUUGUGACAGUGCAGUUUAAGGCGUGAAUAUGCAAUAGCACAGGAAAGUCUAUUACGCAAGCCACACGAUGAAUGGUAGAUCAACAAAAAUUUCUCAUUUUCUCUCUCUCUUGGACUAAGGUCUAGCACAAAAGAGUGCACUGUCUAAGGUUGUCCUUCAUUUUUCUUUGAUAAGGACACAGUAGGUGCCACAAUGUUCUAGGAAAAACAAACAUAAUUGCCAUCUUGUUUGUGUAUCUGCAGAAUUGUUGCAGAGUUCUUUUCUAAAAUAUGUUGGAAUAAACAUCUAAAUUUGGGAAUGAUGGGACUUUUGUAU